AUGGCGCCGAGGAUCACCGAGUUCGAUGAGGCGGGCAAUGUUACUGCUACGUAUGUGCAGAGUGAGGGAGGAUCUCAGGGGCGGGUGGAUGUGAUUCCACCAUCAGAUUCGAAAUCGCUCUGGCAAAAAGGCCUUGAUGUUUUUCUACCUGUUGGGUAUCCUCAUAGCGUUACACACGACUACCUAGAGUACCAAAUCUACGACUCCCUCCAAGCCUUCUCAAGCAGCAUCGCCAGCCUCCUCUCCUCCCGCGCCGUCCUCUCCAGCGUCGGCGUAGGAGAUGCAGACGCCUCACCCACCGCAGCCCUGCUGCUCUCCAUCUUCCAAGAAUCCAUCGGCCGUCUCGCCACAAUCCUCUUCGCCCACCGCUUGGGCAUGUCCUUCGAGCCAGAAUGCAAGAUGUACCGACUCCUCGCAGACAUCCUCAACGACACUGGCUUCAUCCUGGACAUGAUCUCGCCGGUAUUUCCCAAGCCGAUCCGCGUUGUGAUUCUCAGCUUCAGCAGCGUGUUGAGGUCGCUUUGUGGCGUUGCUGCAGGGAGUGCGAAGGCGAGUCUGAGUGCUCAUUUUGCGAAGUGGGGGAAUCUUGGGGAGUUGAAUGCGAAGGAUUCCAGUCAGGAGACGGUGAUUUCUUUGCUGGGGAUGUGGGCUGGGAGUUUGGUUGUUUCGUGGAUUACCUCCCAGACGGCGACUUGGACGGCGCUGAUUUUGUUGCUUUCGAUUCAUCUGGAGACGAACAGGAGAGCUGUGCGUGCUGUUAGCAUGCGUACGCUGAAUCGACAGCGGGCGACGCUUGUGUACCAUCACCUGAAAAGAGGAAACGUCCCGACGCCGGAGGAAGUGUCGAAGCAAGAGCGCAUUUUUGAGCGCGAUGGCGUGCUAAGACGCAGCGACGAUGGUAUCGUUGGAUUUUGCGUCGUUGGUGCAUCCAUGUCUCGCCUCCUGAGGGCGAUUUCUGAGCAGCAUGCGACGACCAAGUCGAACAAGCUGGAGGGAGAUGCACUCGCGAAAGUGAUGUCCAUUUUCGAGACACAACCGUACAUCCUGUGGUGUGAUAAGCGUUCUCAGCAACAAAGGCCGAGCCUGUUCGUGGUUUUGAAGAAAGGAGCGACCCCGAAGGACAUGCUGAAAGCUUGGUGGCAGGCCCUUGCGCUGGCUUGCGACGACCGUGUGGAAUCCAACGAUCUUGACACCACGUUGAAGGAGGCGGAACGAACAAGCAACGUAGUCAAUGAGCUGUUGAAGACCUACGAGGAGCGUCUAGAGGAAGCUGGAUGGGAUCUGACUUCAAGUGCGCUCGAAGUCGUCGCUGGUAGUCGAGUAGCUAUAGAGGCCUGA